GUUACAUGCUCUGAUGCUUUGGCGGGACAGUCUCCCACAAACACACACUCUCGCACUAUAUGCUCACCCACCCCUUCUCUCUCUUUCUCUCACACACACACAAACUCCAGUAUACACCGAGGGAGAAGCAAAGCAAUGCUGUAAAUCAAAUCCGGGGCAACCCAUGCAAAUGCAGCCUAACGUGAUGCAAAGAGGCCCUGUGAUGGGAGAGAGGGGGGUAUUCGAUAUAGGCAAAGACAAAAGUCUGAAUUCAAUUUGCUCAGUUUGCUGGAAAAUUUCCAUCAAAUUAUAACGCCAUUUGAAUUGCUAAGCAAACUGGCCAUCAGCAUACAUUUGUAUGCUUUUUUUUCCUCCUGCAGGCCAGAAGAUAUUGUCCAUCCAUGUUAAAAGUGUCUGCUUGUAUGAAAGAUUUAGAGAGUAUCUGCCUUUUAUAAUGUAUUCAUGUCUGGUUGGAUAAAAGGAGGUCACUUUGAAUAUCCGUUGGUGGAAGGGAUCAAUAUAGAUAGAGGAACCAUGUUGUUAACGUAGCAAAGACAAUCUUUUCUCGAAAGUAUCGCUGAGACGAAUUAAAGAGAGGAUAUACUGAAUGCUAUUCUGCUAUGCUUUCCUCAUUUGGUGACCGUUUGGGUAUCCCGUGUGCGACAUUUGUUUGUUGCCCAGAACGAGAGGAAGUGAUGGUUUCUCGCUAGAUGAAACGUGCUUGCAGGAAGCGUAGGAGCCAAGCCACAGAGUGCUACCGAUCAACUUCUCCUGGCCAUGCAGAGCGCAGCGGCCAACAGUAGUGCUCUCCGGACCCAAAGCAGUACAGCCCUCUCCUCAGGACCAGGGACUAAAGGAUAUCAGACAGGUGGAUCACAAGUCAGUAGUCAAGCAGUAGGAAGUCAAUCCCAACACCAAACACAGCUAUUAAUGAGCCCUUCUCUUCAGGGUGCACAGCCUAUUCUUGCCAACCAGCUAUCUGGUGCCCAGCAGUUGUUGACCAUCCCGUCAAACGGCGGUCAGCAGCAGAUUUUGACCCUUCCGAUCACCAACGCUGCUGGUCAGCAGCAGAUCCUCACCAUUCCUGUCACGCUAGCCCAAGGAGCCGGAGGGAUCCAGUUCCUUAUCCCCACAGGAACAGGUGGUCAGUUCUUAGCGUCACCCAACCUUGGAGCCAUGCCCUCACAGGUUUUGCCAUCAACUCUUGCUGCCAUCCCCAGCAUAACAAGUAACACCAAUGUUGUCUCCUCAGCUGCACACUAUGCGAAAACCAGUCAGAUGACCUCAGCCACCACGCCCCUUCCUCCAGUAUCGGUACUCACCGGUCAGACGGGGUUAGGGACGCUCCCCUUACCUCAGGUUUUAAUGGGGGCGGGGGCGCAGGUGCUGUCGGUGUCGGCACCCAGCAGUUCAACAACACAUACGCACCCUAAGACAAUCAGUACAACAGCAGUUCCUAGCCUAGUGACAACUCAGAAUAGUCAAGCCCUACCUUCCCUUGCAACGGUAACGCAAGGACUAAUGCGGACAUCAGCAAAUCAACUCAGCUUAUCGGCACAUGGAGCCACAACACAGUCUGUGCUUGUUUCUCAAUCAUCUACCACCACCUCAAACCAAACCUCUUCCCUCUUGGCAUCUCAUAAACUGAGCAAUGCUUCAAGUGCCACUGCACUAUCACUUCAUGGACUGGCAGGUCUAAAUGCUGCCCAAGGCACGGUUAUCUCCCAUAUAGCAGCGGCCCAGGGAUCUCAAAGCAGUGUAACUCAGAUACUUCCUAGUCAGCUCGUUAGAAGCUCUGUAGUGUCCAGUCAAGCAAGUCAUGUUACACAAGUCCCUCCCGGGCAUCAGGUUGUCGUUUCCACGACGACGGCGACGAGCGCUGGCAACCACGUAUCGACAGGAGGGCUGUCGAGUCCAGGUAGAGUGAGUAACAUGGGUAAUGCUGCUGAAGUGGAUGGAAUCAACCUGGAAGAAAUCAAGGAGUUUGCCAAGGCUUUCAAAAUUCGAAGAUUAUCUCUUGGUUUAACGCAAACACAGGUUGGACAAGCCCUUAGCCAGUCAGAAGGACCAGCUUACAGUCAGUCAGCUAUUUGUAGAUUUGAAAAGCUUGAUAUCACACCAAAGAGCGCUCAGAAGAUAAAACCAGUUUUAGAGAGGUGGAUGGCCGAAGCUGAGGAGAGGCACAAAAACGGUCUGAAUCAACUCACAGACUUCAUUGGUAGCGAACCCGUUAAAAAGCGCAAAAGACGGACAUCCUUCACGCCUCAGGCUCUGGAAUACCUCAGUAGGCACUUCGAGAAGAACACGCAUCCAACCGGCGCUGAAAUGACAGCCCUCGCCCAGGAGCUUAACUACGAUAGGGAGGUCAUCAGGGUGUGGUUCUGCAACAAACGACAAGCUCUGAAAAACACAAUCAAGAAACUGAAAGCUGCCGAGGCUACCAUGAAUAAUAACUCUGAGGAGGUGGAGAGGUCGACGGUUGUUGUAGAGAGUCCCGAGCAUGUGUAAUGACCCUCUGAAAAGGAAAAUACAGGGAAGACAAUCAUGGUAUUCUUGAGACUCUGGGAGAUAAUUCAGAUUGGAUGAUGUUGAACAGACGCAGAAACAUAUGAAUGGGGCAAUGAUGAACCCAAGUAUGAAGAGUCAUGAAGCUGGAUGGAAUGCGACCAAAGAAAAACUGAAAAUAGAGCUGUGCUCAUAUACGAACCUGAGACCAGAUUGACAACUGGUUCUAGAUGAAUGACUUCUCACAUUAUAUUUUAUUUUAUUUCCUCACUUUCUACAUUCUUUUUAUUUUUUUAAACUGUGGAUCAAGAGUAAAUCUAUUCAGAAAUCAUCUGGAUAAAAUGAUAGCUGGUGAUAAUCAAGUACUUGAGUCCUAUAUUGUGGAAUUCUUCUUUAUUUCCAGCUUUAAUUACUGCUGUCAUUGUUUGCAGUCAAUUGCUGACAUGAAAUUUGGAAUCAUGACUUAUGAAAUACAAUGUAAAUUGACUUCAUCAGUAUCAAAAUUGCUGUCACAACUAAUUUAGGGCCUUCCUUUUGAAUGUAUGAAUUCAUCAAAUAUUUUUUUUUUGUUCAAGAAGGACCAAAAAGUGUAUGAUGCGAAAUUUCAGGUUUGUGUGGACGUCAUAUUACUCAGAUGGAGACUGAACGAUGCAUCGAGAGAUAAUAAAAUGAGAUUGUUUUUAAGAUUGUUACGAUAUGCUGCUUGUAUGACAGCGAUUGCUAUCGAAUGCUGGUUAAUAAUUGUCUUUUUUUUUGUACAUCCACCGUAGGACCAAUGUUUCACACUGGAGUAGUGAAACCUUGUAACUUUUUAUUUUUUAAAUAUAUAUGGUUCUAAUGUGAGUGCUUAGUUUUUGUAAUAUUUUCCACUGGCUUGGAAAGGUGUAGAUGAGCAAUGUUUGCUUCAACAUGUAUAGAUGUGGUGCUUUGAAUGAGAAAAAAAUAAUGUAAAAUAUAACUGGCUUAUUUAUUGUCCUUUUUAAAAAAAAAGAAGAAAAUAGUGAACAAAAUUGCGUUGAUAAACCAACUCUUUAUGCUACUGCUGUUUGUACCCUGUAGAAAAGAUUCUAUUUGUUCGUAAUUUGUGCAAUGGGCGUUAUUUAGCCAAGCUUUUUCCUUGAAACAUAUUUUGGACGUGAAAAUCUGAAACUUAUAAUUCUGUUUCUGAAAUAGGGCAGAGAAGGAUCAUCAAUGUGGGUACAUUGUAGUUAUUUUUGAAGAUCUUAAUGUUAUACAGCAUCUUUAUCUUCCAUCUGUCCUCAUCAUAGUGAUUUUGCCAUCUAAGUAUUAGCUCACAUAUUAACUUUUCUAUGUGUUUUCGUAAGUUUGAUUAUGAGUAUGUAGUCAAGAACACUACACAGGAAGCUGUAGCUGGGACUACAUCAAUGGGCAUUUUACAUGUGAUAGGAUAAAUUAUCAUGGCAUGAAUACUGUUUGGCUGUUUGAUCUCAAAAGAAGAGCUCUGUUUGGAGGGAAAGGCUUUACUAUUGGAACUGAAAUAUGGUGAUUGUGAAUCACUCAAAUAAUGUUUGUAAUUGUGUUUUUUUUUCUCCAAAUGUCAUAAAUGAUUUGAAUCAGUCCUAUGUGAUUGUGGUAUGAUGAACUCAAAAUGUGCCACUUUCGUUUUAUGUACUUAAUACAUUAGAAUGUUUACAGAAUCUGUUCUUAAUGCACUUGUGUGUUUUUGUACCCUUUUCCCCAGUUUUCCUUUCUUCAUUUAACUCCUGUAAUACCUCGUAUUUGUAGCCAUUUUCCAUCCUGUAUUUCUCUUUGUAAGUUUAUUCGAAGUGAUUUGUACUUUGGUGUACCUAAUUAUCAUAUCGAUUUCUACGUAAUUUGAAAGAAAGAAAAAAAUGGAGUUUGUCAUUGACUAUUUGUAAUAAGUAAACUGUGAUUAAGUAAUAGUAUUCAUACAUAAAUUUAUUUGUUCUUAAAGACUUAAUACUGAUCAAUGUCAGUCUUCAUAUUACCAUAAUUUUCCCAAGUUUUCAUCCUUGCACAUUUGUUUAAAAUUGUUUUCAAUGUUUGUAGCUUGUUUUAGAUGGAUUUAGAACACAUUUUAACACAAAUGAUUAUUUUGCCAGCCCUGGUUUUAUGUUCAAAAUGCCUUGAUAUGGGACUUGCUUUUUAUUUGUAUAUCAUCCUGUACUUGUUUUAUUAGAUUUUGCAAUAUUUAUUUUGCUUUGUAUGUAGGAUAUUGAUGUAUAUUAUUUGCUUUACUUGAAACCAUUCCUCUCUCACUUUUGCCAUGAGGUUUAUAUUAUUAGAAUACAAUUAUGAUUUUUACUUGAUGAAGAAAGAAUCUUGUGCCCUUUAAAAUCAGUCAUUUUUUUUAAAUCCUUGCCCUUUUUGCUGAAUAUAUGCCAGUUUUAAAAGGAUUGUUUGCGCAUGUUUGAAGAUUAUACAUGAGACCCACACAUGACAUAGGCCACUGCUGUUCAUAACUGAAUGUGAACAGAGGACAUAAACACAUAUAUGAUUAUUAUACGUGAAUGUGUACAUGAGAUACACAGGCCUAUGAUGUUUACACAUGAAUGUGUACAUGGGACCCACACACACACAUAUGAUCAUUAUAUGUAAAUGUGUACAUGAGACACACAGGCCCAUGAUGUUUAUACCUGAAUGUGUACAUGGGACCCACACACACAAACAUAUGAUUAUUAUAUGUGAAUGUGUACAUGUACAUGAGACACACGUACAGGCCUAUAAUGUUUAUACUUGAAUGUGUAUCAGGGACUCACACUCACCCAUAUAUGAUAAUCUUAUGUGAAAUGUGUACAUGAGAUACACAGGUUUAGGAUAUUUAUACAUGAAUGUGUACAUGGGACCCACACACACACAUAUGAUUAUUAUAUGUGAAUGUGUACAUGAGAUGCACAGGCAUAUGGUGUUCAUACUUGAAUGAGUACCUUUGACACAUACACACAUAUGAUUAUUGUAUAUGAAUGUGUACAUGAGACACACAGGCCUAUAAUGUUUAUACUUGAAUGUGUAUCAGGGACACACACUCACCCAUAUAUGAUUAUCUUAUGUGAAAUGUGUACAUGAGAUACGCAGGACUAUAAUGUUUAUACUUGAAUGUGUACAUGGAAUACAUGUACAUACACACAUACAUAUAUGAUUACUCUAUGUGAGAGUGUGCAUGAGACACACAGGGCUGUGGAGUUUAUACUUGAAUGUGUACAUGGGACACACACACACAUAUGAUUAUUAAUAUGUGAAUGUAACCAUGAGAAACACCUGUAGGCCUUGAUGUUUAGACUUGAAUGAGUACAUGUGACCCACACACACAUACAAUUAUCAUAUAAGAAUGUGUACAUGAGAAACACAGGCUUAUGACAUUUAUAUUUGAAUGAGAAUAUGGGACACAAACAUAUAUGAUUAUUAUAUGUGAAUGUGUACAUAGACACACACAUACUAUGAUGAUUAUACUUUAAUGCGUACAUGAGACACAAAUACAUAGAUCUCAUUUUCCUUGAAUUUGAACAUGAAACACACACACACAUAUGAUGAGCCUAUGUGAAUGUGUACACAAAACAUACACACACCCAUAAUGAUUGUACAAUAUAAAAAUUGAAUAUAUUUUACACAAACUAAACUUUGCUUUGACUUUUGCAAUAAUUCCAUUUGACACUUGAGACCAUGCUGUAUAAAAUAAGAUCAUACAGGUAGCACUAAAGGCUUUAGGAUGAUAUUAACCCAUUGCAAACCAGAAUUGGUGAUCUAUGUACAAAGCCAAGGGAAUAACAAUUCAGCUUACAGUGGUUUUACCCAAUGAGGGUAGUAUAUAACAGUCAUAUCUUGGAAAAGAAAGUUGACUUUAUUAUUAUGUAUGCGAGCAAAUUCCUUACAAGUAAUAUCUUCUUUUGCGCUCAUCCGUUGUAUCCAAGGUUUGGUUGAUUUCCAUCAAAAAUAAUUUAAUGCGGAAAGAUUUUCAGCCUCUACAAAAUUGUGGACUUGGUGUGUUAUUGCAGAAGUAAUAUCAUUUCCAUUCUCUCCUUUUUUCAUGGUUGUAAUGAGAAUAAUAAAUAUCUAAUCACAAAAAGUAUGGGGUUUUGACAAGACCUACGCAAUUGUAUUUUCAGGCAACUGAAGAAGAAUAAUCAUGU